AUGGCUCCCCCGACGAAUGAUCGUAAGCGCAGAAGGUCAGACGGUGAAACCGCUGCUGCGCCAAAAACCCAGGAUCCCGACGGCGGAAUCUCGCGAACACCCAAGAAAGCAAAGACUGAUGAUCGACGAUCCAUCUUUGUUCGGUCAUUGCCCCCUAACGCUACGAACGAAAGCCUUGCGGACUUUUUCUCGCAAUAUUUCCCCGUCAAGCAUGCUACUGUAGUUAUUGACCAGAAAACGAAGGAGUCAAGAGGGUUUGGCUUUGUUUCGUUUGCUGAUGCCGACGACGCCAAAGACGCCAAGGAGGCAUUGGACAAGAAAGAGUGGGAUGGACGACGCAUUCGAAUCGAAGUUGCGGAACCCAGACAUAGAAAUGCCGAUCCGGACUCAGAAGAGGCAGGCAAGACGCCGGGUCGGGGUAGACAAGCGUACCAGCCACCACCCACCAAGUUGAUUAUUCGAAAUCUGCCAUGGAGCAUCAAGACAUCUGAACAGCUUUCAAAGCUAUUCAUCAGCUUUGGCAAAGUCAAAUUUGCUGAUUUGCCACAAAACAAGGGAAAGCUAAAGGGAUUCGGUUUCGUUACACUCAGGGGACGUCCUAACGCGGAGAAGGCUCUCGAAGCCAUUAACGGCAAGGUCGUCGACGGCCGAACCUUGGCUGUGGACUGGGCUGUUGAUAAGGAAACUUGGGACAAGCAGCAAACUACGGACGGUGACGACAAGGAGGCCAAGGAUGCCGAGGAUGAAGAUGAUAAAGCUGAGGAUAAAGAAGCCGGAGCAAACGAUGGAGAAGUCAAGAACCGUGAUGAUCAACUACAAUCAGACCUUGCAAACUUUAUGAAAAACUACAUGCAAAACAUGGAAGAUGAAGAGGAUGAUGAGGAGGAGCAAGAUGAUGAGGAUGAGGAUGAAGAUGAUGAAGACAUGAAGCUGUUGGACGAGGAGGAAGAGGAAAAGGAACCCGAGAAGCCAAAGCGAGAGCUGAUGACGGACAAUUCCGCCACCGUGUUUGUUCGAAAUCUGCCGUUUACGACUACGGAUGAGCAGCUUUCGUCCUUCUUUGGCCACUUUGGCAAGGUCCGAUAUGCUAGAGUUGUCAUUGACAAGGCCACCGAAAAGCCAGCCGGCACAGGCUUUGUAUGCUUCGUUGAUGCUGCAGACGCAAAGACUUGCAUAAUCGGUGCUCCUCGCCGCGCGCAACCGACCGCGGGAGGCGUCAAGCAUUCCAUUCUUCAAGAUGAGAACGCUGAUCCUACCGGCAAAUACACGCUCGACGGCCGAGUCCUUCAAGUGGCCCAAGCUGUUGGCAGGAACGAGGCUGCCAACUUGGCCGAGAACUCACUCGCACAGCGAAGGCAAAAGGACAAGCGCAGACUGUAUCUCUUGUCAGAAGGUUCGCUUGGCGCGGGCUCUCCUCUGCGAGGCCUCUUGACCGACGCUGAAGUUCGGAUGAGACAGGCUAGUGCAACGCAGCGAAAGAAGCUCGUGGAGAAGAAUCCCAUGCUGCACAUCAGCUUGACCCGUCUUGCUCUUCGCAACAUCCCCAACGAUCUUGGUGCCAAGGAUUUGAAGGAGCUGGCUAGAAAGGCCGUCGUCGGUUUCGCCAAGGAUGUCAAGGAAGGACGCCGACAGCCGCUUUCUAAGGAGGAGAAUGCCAGAGACGGCAAGGAUGCAAAGGACAAGGAGAAGGACCGCAAGCUUAAGCGCAAGGGUAUUGUCAAGCAAGCCAAGAUUGUGUUUGAAGACAACAAGGGAUCCAAGGUGUCUGAGGCUAGCGGAGCCGGCAAGAGCCGUGGCUAUGGAUUCAUCGAGUACACCUCUCACCGCUGGGCUUUGAUGGGCUUGAGAUAUCUGAACGGUCUCCAGCUGGACGGAAACAAUGGCAAGAAGCAGCGCUUGAUUGUCGAGUUUGCCAUUGAGAACGCGCAGGUGGUGAAGCGACGACAGGAUGCCGAGAAUGCGUCCAGGACGCCCAAGGCAAAGAACGAAGACGGCGCUGAUGCCUCUGCGUCUGAGGAUGAAGAGGAAGAGGAGGCCCCCACACCCAAGAAGAAGCAAAAGGGCAAGAAGAACAAGGGAAACAUGAACAAGGGCCCCAAGGUGAAGCCCGCCAAGGAGGAUGACGGGGAGAAAGAAAAGGAGAAGAAGCCGACGGACGCAAAGGAGGCGAUUCAGCAGAAGCUGAUUGCGCGGAAGAGGCUGAUGCGCAAGAAGAAGGCGGGAUCGAGGGGAAAAGCAUAG